UUUGGAAGAAAAAUCUUUGAAAAAGAAAAAGGGAAGUCUCAGCAAAAUCAAAUAACCAUGUUUCUGUCGAGGUUUGUUGGGAGGACAGCUCUCUUGGCAGCAGCUAAAUCAGAAAGUUCAGCUGCCGCCGCCGCCACUGCCGCCGCAUCGGUAGCUGCUCCCACGAAUCCUAACCCUCUUGAGCAGUUCUUUGAGGCUGAUAGAAACCCUGAUGAUGAAAAACCUGUCUACGGUCGUAGUUGGAAAGCUUCUGAACUGCGCCUAAAGUCUUGGGAUGAUCUCCAUAAACUAUGGUAUGUUCUUUUGAAAGAGAAGAACAUGCUGAUGACUCAGCGUCAGAUGCUUCAUGCCCAGAAUCUUCGGUUUCCAAAUCCAGAACGCAUUCCCAAGGUAAGGAAGUCGAUGUGCCGAAUCAAGCAUGUACUUACUGAAAGAGCAAUCGAAGACCCAGAUCCCAGGAGGUCUGCAGAGAUGAAGAGGAUGAUAAAUGCUCUGUGAUAUUGUACUAAACUGCUUAUCUUUUCUUGCUGGAAAAUGUUAUGCUCCCUUUUUUUCUUUUCCAUGUGUAGGACUGCAUCCUUCCAUUAUUGCAUCAAAGAUCUUAGGUGGCCAUCUCUUUAGGAACAUUAUUAGCGUUUUUUUCUGUUGUGAGAUGGCACAUAUUCAAUAUGGUAGGGAUAUAAUUCAUCAACAACAUAACUAUGUUUAUCAGGAUUAAUACAACAUUAUUGCAGGCAGGUUGUCUGUACCUGGGUGAGAACCAUGAAAUCUAACUCCUAAUCUUAUUUCUUUUUUACACU